AUGCGGCCGGCUAAGCCAGGCGCCCCGCUACCCGCGCUCCUCCUUCUGACUCUGGCUUUGUCCCCACACGGGACGCAGGGAAGGCCCCAGGGGCGCCGGGGAGCGCGUGUGGCGGGCGAGGAGCCAAAGACGUUGCUUUUUGUUCCCGCGGCCGGGGCCGGCCCCGCUCCCAGCGCCUCCCGGAGCGCAGAAAUAUUUCCAAGAGAUUUGAACUUAAAAGACAAAUUCAUCAAGCAUUUCACAGGGCCAGUCACAUUUUCAGCAGAAUGUAGCAAACAUUUCCAUCGACUGUAUCACAAUACCAGGGAUUGUUCAACACCAGCUUAUUAUAAACGAUGUGCUCGGUUAUUAACAAGGUUGGCAGUGAGUCCACUGUGCUCACAGACCUAGGAGACCCUUCUGCAUUUCUUAACAGUGUAAUUCUAAUAUGAAGAAAAAAGUGCC